AUGGCCAAGUUUGGAAAAAUUGCAGUCAUCACUCAACUUGAAUCCAAUCAAGAAGAUUCAAAAGGUUUCAAUAUGGCAGAUGAUUAUGGUGGUCAAUUGAGAAAUGCCGCUAAAGACAUUCAAAGAAUACAAGAGGUUGAGGAAACUGUUUAUGGCGAUGAAAAUAGUCAAUUUUCUCAACCCCUUCCAGGACCUGAUAAUGACAUCAAUGAAAAUAAUAAUAUGAAAAAGAACAUCAAUUUCGAUCCUCAAUCUACUUCUCAUCGUAAAUAAUAUAAGUAGCAUAGACGGCUUGAUAACCCCAACUUCUGGAAUGACUGAGGUUGGUGAAAGUAAUAAGCCUAUGAAUAAAAAUCCCUCUCUCACGAACCUGAAACCUAUGUAUCCAGGUAAACGAAAUUCAGUGUCUCCUAUGCCUCUUGAGAGUCAUAACUUAAAUCAAGCAGUAAUGAAACCAAUUAAUGAGAACUCUAUCCAACCAAAUUUAGAUCAACAUUUGAACGUGAGAAGCGAAAUGAUCGAUAAAUCAAUGAAUGAUCAAUCUCAAUUAGCCGAAGGAAAACAGUUGACCCAAGAGGAUGAAGAAUCUGACGAAGAGGAUAUUAUCCCUGAAGAUGAAAAAUGGAAAACAAGAAAGCUCUUCUGGCAAAUGAACGAACAAAUCAGGAUCAAAUGGGAUCUUUUCGUAAUGAUACUUGCUAUAUGGAAUUGAUUUUCGAUUCCAUUCAAUGCUGCAUUCAAGCCUGACUUUAUGGAAUCAAUCACUAUUGAAAUAUUUAACUCGAUAAUUGAUCUAUUGUUCAUGGUCGAUGUGGUCAUCAACUUCAGAACGUCCUACAUCAAUUCGAAAACAGGUGAAGAAAUCUUUGACCUCAAAAUGAUUGCUAAAAAUUACUUAAAAGGAAGGUUCUGGGUAGAUAUACUUGCAUCUCUCCCUCUUGAUGUUAUUGGGCUUAUCUUCUUUUCUUCAAGUGGAAAUACUGCUGUUUUCGAGCUAUUUGGUCUACUUAAGCUAGUCAGAGUGCUUAGAUUGUCAAGGAUCAUCAUGUAUAUGAACUUAAAAGAUGACAUUAAAAUGUCAUUAAAAUUAGUUAAACUGGUAUUCUUUUUGGUUAUGUAUAUCCAUUGCCAAGGAUGAGCCUGGCAUCUGAUUGUGAAAGAUAAUAAAAAGUGGAUUCCUCCUCUCGACUAUGUAUGGAUUGAGACUCAUAUUUAUACUGAUACAGUAUCAAUGCAAUAUUGGAAUGCAGUUUAUCAUAGCACGCUGUUACUCGCAGGAAAUGAUAUUGGUCCGAGAAGAGAUUUGCAAUUAUUCUUCUGUAUAACUACUCUUUUAAUUUGUGCUAUUAUUAAUGCUAAUAUUUUUGGUAAUUUAGCUGUUCUUGUCUCUGCUCUCAAUCGAAAGUCAACAAAAUUCCAAGAAAAGUUGGAUACUGUGAAUACUGCUAUGAAAAAUAUGAAACUUCCUGAAGAGACACAAAAGAAGGUUCAGAAUUAUAUUAUGUCAACCCAAAGUACUCUCGAUCAUCAGCAAGAAAUGGAUGCAUUUCUUAAAUUGAUAUCACCUUCCUUAAGGCUUGAAGUAACAAAGCAUAUUUUCCAUAUGAUUGUUGUGAAGAAUGACCUGUUUAGAGAAAAUGAAGACCUCGUUGAUUAUCUUGUAAGAUACCUGAACACUUUGCUUUAUCUUCCUGAAGAUGAAAUCAUAAAGCAAGGUGAUAAAGCCGACCACCUUUACUUCCUUGCAAGAGGAGAAUGAGUUAUUUAUAUUUAUGAUGAAAAUAAUGUUGAAAAAUAUGUGAACACUCUCAAAAUCGGAGCAUAUUUUGGAGAAGUAGGAAUUAUAAAAGAUUGCCCAAGGACAGCAACAGUUAAAAGUAAGAAUUACACAACUUGAGCCGCUCUUAAUGAGAAGAAUUUUAAAGAUUUCAGAAACCAUUAUCCUGAAAUAGUCAGGAAGAUGAGUGAUAAUCUGUAUAACUAUCAAGAUAAAUGGAAGAAGUUCUUGAUGAAAACUCUGAAAAAUAUCAGCUUCCUCAGCCAUGAUAUAUCAGAUGUAAUUCUCGAGGAUCUGAUCUAUGAGCUUGAUACAGAAAGAAUUGAAGAAGGCAACUAUCUUUUCAAAUAAAGGCUUCAGUUGCGAUUGCAUUUAUAUUGUCAUUCAUGGAGAGGUAGAUAUUUACAUGGAAAACAACGGUAGAGAAACAUUUAUCGAAACUCUUCAUCAGUCAAGCAACAUUGGAACUUAUUCUACCAUUCAAGAGGAGGACUAUAACUUCACUUGCAAAGCCCAGAAUGAUUGAACUCUUAUGUUACUAAAAUUCGAAACACUAGAAAAAUUUAGAGGUAAAUAUGAUGAGCUAAACUACUACCUUAUUGAAUACGAGGGAUUCAUUGAAGACAAUGGAGCUCCAUUCUGAGACUUUUUACUUUACAGAAAUAAAAAGGAGAGGUUCAACCCAAAGGAAACCUUAAUCAAUGGAGUUAAGAGAGCCAAAAACAUCCUCAAAUCAUUCAGUAGAAAGAUAGAAUUUGGAGACAUUCUCAAAAGAGUUCAAGAGACAAUCAGGAGAGAAAGAGCUGAAGAGAAGAAAAAGAAGAAAAAGAGGUUUAACAAUGACAAUAAACCUCUUAAUCAAACACAAGCCAAUGGUAAAAUGAUUGCAGAGAUAAAGAAUGAUAUCAAGACCCUUAAAGAAAUUCUUGAAAACUUAGUACAAGGAGGGGAUUCUCCUGAGAAAGAUAAUUUUAAUGAAGAGAAAGCUCGUGCUUUAGAGGAGUCUCAUUUCUCUUCUCAACCUCUAGACAAUGCAAACAAUCAAAAUAAUGGAAUCUUCAGUCAUGAUAACAGUAUAAAUCUUGGAUUAGGAGCGGAUCUUAAUAGAGAUGAUGGAAAAUACCAGAAAUCAGCAACUCAAUUACAAACGCCAAUGGAUGAGGACUGGGACUAAGGUUUUAUAAAUGGCAUAUUUGAAAUAAUUCAAAACUC